GAUUUGCAUAGUCGCUGGGACACCUGCUCAAGCUUGUUCUGGGAAAAACAGAUGUGAAAGAAUAACAAAUUUAUUGUAAAAGAGUUCGCUAGCUUGGAGAAACAACAUAGAACCUUAGUUUGAAUAAAAACGUGUUCUCUAGCAAUAAUGUUUACUCCAGAAGACUCCAUAGAAGAAUGCAAAGAAGCGUUUUAUCUCUACGAUCGACGAGGAGACAAAAAAGUUGAAUCAAGCCAGAUCGGAGAAGUUAUGCGAGCCCUUGGCACAAAUCCAACUGAAGGAGAAAUUGCAAAAAUAAUUCGCAGUCUCGAUCCUGCUGGAACUGGAGCCAAGAGAGUUAGCUUCGAAGAAUUCUUUCCAAUUUAUCAAAAUCUGCGUGAUAGGCAGAAAAAACGUGGAGGUAAGUUUUAUAUCACAAGAGUUUAUAUUCAUUGCCGCCUUGCUUCAGGAAGUGAGCUUAGCUUAAAUAUUUUUUCUGAUUUUAUUGUUCCGUAUCGCAUUUGUGUUUGAUAACUCUUCAGCGCAAACUAAGAUAACCCUUUUUUUUUUCUUUAAGCGAACUGAGCUUAUAAUUUUCAGGCUCAAAGCUUGACGAAUCGAUAGCAAAAGCUAUAGCGUACCUUACCUUCCUUUAUACUACCUAAUAACAAAAAUAUAAGUUACUUAAUAUGCAUUGAAAAAUUAAAAUAAAAACAGAAUCAGUAAUAAGCUCAACAUUUUUGUCGCUCUGCAUUGAGAAUGGGAACUAUUUUGAAUCUCUUUAAGAAAGCUUGAAAUAAUGAAGUCAUAUCCGAUCUAGUAAAAAAUAUAUAUAUAAAUAGCUGUAAAUAAAAAGAAAUGACCAUCGUUUAUUACGUUUCCAGCAAGUUUAACAGUUAUGUCGACUAGCGAGGCCUUGAUAUGAGUUUUAGGAAUUAAGUAUAUCUAGCCUCAUGAGAAAGGGGGAAAUGACUUGGAAAAUAAUUACGCGCGGAGCUUAAGGCUAAUUUAUUGAUUUCAAAAAAGGAAUAAAUAAAAUCAAUAUUUUCAGGACAGUCUGGGGGUUCUGGGUGCUCUGGUAUAUUGACAUGCAAUCGCUCGUGAUAGACACGCACCCAGUGCAAGUCACGUGUAGAUCGUCAUCUAUGUAAUUUGGGUUAGGAUUUGUGUUUUAAAGAGUACACAUUGCCACACUCACCAUAGAAAAUAAAAAAGUCAUUUUGCUUUCAAGUAUUCUCUGCAUCAUGAUUGUCAAAAAUCGAGCUGCAUGUUCAAAUUCAACGCUGAGGUUGAUAAAACGGCAGUUAGAACUUUGGUGUGGUCUUUGGCUGAUGACUAGUUUCUAGUCGCCCUAAUAACCAGUUUCUUUGAAAAAAAUCAGGAUUAAAUUCAAACAGUUCUGCCAAAAACUUUACUGUGGUUGCUUCCAGGACCCCAAAGAUCUAUCUAUAUAGUGCGUGGGUGUGUAUACACGCUCCUCUUUUAAUAACCAAUCUCCCUUUCAAGGCUCUCAGUAGCUGAAAUAUAACAACCCCUUGUCCUCGUUUUUGUUAAUCUGAAAUUUCUUUUAUCCCUCUACGGGUUUUCAAGCGUAAUUCACAUUUUAAAAAUAGAUUCAUGUCUGAUUUUAUUUUUAGUUGAUCCGGAGUAUUUCAUCGAAUGCCUUCGAGUGUUUGAUCGCAACUGUAAUGGAUUAGUUAACGCGGCAGAGUUGCGUCACGUGCUCUGUAGCCUUGGUGAUAAACUGUCUGCAGAAGAGGUUGAUCAACUUUUAGUUGGCUUCGAGGACAAUCAAGGACAAGUGCUGUACGAGGAAUUUGUCAAGCACAUUAUGUCGGGAUGAAAGCUUGGUUUCCGAGAACCAUGAAAAACUUGACUGUUAAUCUAUCAUUUCUAGGUUUGGCACUUUUAAUAGGCCUGUUCGUUAGCACUUGGACGAACUGAGAAAUAAUGAAGAAUUUUUUGCUACUUUAUUUUGCAUUGUUUAUUUAUUUAUUUAUUCUUUUUUUAUUUUCUCACAUGUCUCUUAGUCUUUUUGCCAUUAAACUGUAAUAAAUAAAUAAAUGAAUAAACUGAG